UUAAAAAUGAAGAACUAUUUACUGUUCUGUCGUGACCUUCGUUGGUUCAUUACUUUUUUUGUCUGUUACACGUACACACACACUAUUCUUUACCAAAAUCAUAGAGAUCUUUUGCUUCAGUGCAGAAGCCAUAUUAACAAUUACCAAUAAAAAAAAAAGCUGCUAAUUCUCAUUCCUCUCAGAAAAAAGCCUUUUCCUCAUCAACCACAAGCAUUAUCUAUUCAGCUAUCAAGCGUCUCUAACUUUCUUGUUUCCAAUCUUCAAGAGAAAAAACAAUGCUAAGUGCUAAGAAACAUAUCAAGAUGGCUAGGAAAUGGCAGAAGUUUGCAGCCAAGCAGAGGAAGAGGAUUUCACUUCCAAGAAAUAGAAGCGAUGCAGACAGUUGUAGUACAUCUUCAUCAUUUAUGGCCGGAAAAGGCCAGUUUGUAGUGUACACAACUGAUCAAAAGCACUUUGUGAUUCCAUUGGCUUGUCUAGAAAAUGAGCUCAUUUUGCAACUUUUAAAUAUGUCUGAAGAAGAGUUUGGUCUGCCAAGUGGCGGUCCUAUUAAAUUACUGUGUGAUUCAGCCUUCAUGGAGUACCUUGUUUCACUAAUCAAGAAAGGUGCAACUGCUGAAGAUCUUCACAAAGCAUUGAUCCUCUUGCUUAGUUCAAGUUGCUCUUCAACUUCUUCAUUGCACCAAGAAUGGAGAAACCAGCAACUCCUUGUUUGUUGA